CCUUCCCGCCUUGGCCUCUCUACUCAACCUCGAGGUUCCUUCUUGGUCGUGCAUCAUCUCGUCUGCUCAGCGCUCGCUCAGCCUGGUAGCGACUGCGAUGGAGGCAUCGGUAUCUUCUCUGCCCGGCGCCAGCGGCAAUGGCGUCGCCGCAGCCAUCCCCAAGAAGAGGGUCACCUACAUCCUACCACCCCCGUCCUCGUCCCACCCUCCACCUCGGCUAUACCUCCCCUCUACAGUGGGAGCCGGUAGGCACCCAGCAAGGCAGGGCAAGGGGAGCUCUUCGCCCCUCAUCGUCCGUCAUCAAGACCAGCCUAGCCGCACAACGGGCCAGGAUACACGAGACGGGCCUCAGCAUCCCCGCCAUGCGCUACCAGUGACAAGCCUAGCCAUCGACCCGAGCACUUCCAUUCUGGAAGGCUCCUCUUCCAGACCAAGAGGAAUCCUCUACACUGCCGGACGAGACGGUCUCACCGCUUCCUGGCAGCUGGGGCUCCAAAUGAAGAAGCGUCACCCCCGAUCCGGUCAUCCGCGCAGGAGCUCUUGGUCCUUUGGCGCUGCAAUGUCCGGAGGCUAUCGAGGCAUCGAGCAAGAUGAUGAGAUGGACUACAAUGACCCUGACGACGACGACGAGGACGGCGAAGACGAAAGAGUCUUCGGCGGAGAUAGAGCCGCUGACGAAAGGCUGACUCGGCACAGAGGCGACGGGAUUCCAGAGGAUGACGAUGAUACGCCCCGGGGAUGGGACCUGCUACCCUUUGAGAGGCAGUGGCAGGUCGAUGAGCACUGGCUAGAGUCGCAAGACGAGUCGGAAGACAACGAGCACAUACGGCCGCCCCGCACGAGUUUUCGGUCUUGUGUCCAAUCCCACACCGAUUGGAUCAACGACAUGGUCCUUUGCAACCAGAAUCAGUCGGUCGUGACUGCUUCUUCGGAUCGCUUUGUACGAGUGUGGAACCCCCACGAUCCUUCGACAUGUCUCGCGCCGUCGGUUCUCGGAUCGCACUCAGACUACGUCAAAGCCCUUGCCUACCCAUCGCCAUCCUCAUCGUACUCCUCUCAGAGCGCGUCAUGGAUAGCAUCGGGAGGUUUGGACCAGCGCGUUCGCAUUUGGGAUCUCAAGGAGUCGCGAAGAGAUCCCAUCGUGGACAUCCACGACUCUGCCAGCGUCUAUUGCCUCAGUACCGAUUCCAGAGGAGCAAUCAUUGCAGUCGGCACCCCAGAGGCCGGCAUCCGACUCUAUGAUCCCCGUGCAGACUCUCAAGCUUCUGGUCCAGCUGGCCUGCUCUUAGGUCAUGCCGACAUGAUACGAUCUGUGGUACUUUCUGCUUCUGGCCGGCACCUGCUAUCUGGCUCCAGCGAUGGCACUGUCCGUCUUUGGGAUGUGGCAGAACAGCGGCUAGUACACACUUACACACACCAUGCGAGUAGUAUCUCUGCUCUCUACUCAAGUGCCGAAGACCUCGACGUCUUCUACUCGGCAGAUCGCGAUGGCUAUCUCUGCAAGGUGGACUGUGAAGGGUGUCUAGAGCCCGACCAAGGGGAAUGCGUCGUGCUAGCUCGCUGCAGUGACACCAUCAGCAAAAUUGCUGCCAUCGACCAUGCCUUUGUCUUCACCUCCACUGGCAACACAUCCGACGUCCAAUGCUGGAGAGAUGUACCACCUAGGGUCAAGCGGCAAGCAAAGUAUCCCACCAAUGAAGGGAGGCGCUCCACGGCGGCCUGGCCGCCUAGUACAAGCGCAGACGCCGCGCCUGCUCAACUAACUCAUCGGAGAGGAUGGACGACCUUCGGAGGGGCAGGCAUGGUCGGCACACCUCCUACGACUUUCAGCAGCAGUCCGCCUGAUUCAGCUCUUGCCCCGUCAUCUCCGCCGCUCUGUCAGGAAGGCGCGUCGCAUCAGAUUCGUGCCCCUCUGCAGUCUGCCUUGAAGGGCAACCAGAGUCAAGGCAACCCUCCGCCCGGGUCUGCAGGCCUGCAAGCACCGCCAUUCUCCAGUACCCACUCCCGAGUCUCAUUCUCCUUGGACAGGCAGAUCGACUCUGUCCAAGCUACCACAGCAGCAAUGCCCGAAGCUUUGCCAGAAGGGCGGCGGGACGAUUUCACCUCAGUGCGUCGAUCUAGCGCGAUGUCUGCUUCAUCAUCAUUGUUGCCACAACCGCUCGUUGCCGGCGUCAAGCCCAGCUCGACACUAUUCGGGGUGCCUUUCACUGCGCUUGUUUGUCUCUCCGGAGAUGAUGACGAUGCGUUUGCCGCCCUGAGUACUGGUGUCGGAACCGGACUACCCCAUUCUGCGAGUAGGCCGGGAAUGAAUAGCAUGCUCUCGCUCAGAGGUUCGACCUUACAUUUGACCAGCAGUCGAGACGGUAGCGGGAGAAGGGGGUCUUCGUUUUCAUUGGGCGGCCGGAAUUCAUUCGCAUACGAUGGCCACGCGGGCUUGACGCCAGCAAUGGCAGCAGUUGCGCGCCUGGCUCAAACGCGAAUGUCUACCGUUAAAGCCCAAACUCAAGGUAUGACAAUAGGCGGCACAGGACAUCAGACGACUAGAACGAAGCCUACUUCGGUCAAGUCCGGCAAGGCUUCUUCCCGCUUUACUCCGGGCCGAACCGAUUCGUCGCUGCUCCAGAGCAUGGAGGCGACAUCCGGUGAAACGAUGGAUGCGGAUGCGUCAGCCGAGAUGUCCGAUGAGGACAAUGUCGAAGACGAAUCCGCCAUGGCUCGCAGAGCCUACGAAAGCCGGGAGGUGGUCAGUACGGCCUUGCCCCUUCGGAACAGGCCUGCGUCGAUCAUCUUGGGUACUCGUGGGCUUAUUCGCAGCUCCAUGCUCAACGACAGAAGACAUGUUUUGACCUUUGCCACUGGAAGCAAGACCGUGAAUGGCAACGGGGAAGAAGACUACGGACCGCAAAUUGCGAUUUGGGACAUCGUCCGUUGCAUCUGCCUCGGAAGCUUCGCUAGUACAGAUGUGCUCGCUCUGUCCACACAGGGAGACAACGCUGGUGACUUGCUCGAGAAAGUCAAGGAACGCAUUGAAGGUCGAGGGGCAACGAACUCCUGGUGCACUGCAGACACCAAGAAUGGGUUCCUCGCCGUGCACCUGGAUUGGCCUAGCUGCUUCGAAGCUGAGUCCUAUCUGGACGAGUAUGAUUGGGUAGAGAGAAAUGAUUAUCUCAAGGAUGAUCAGAGAGUCAAUCUUGGAAAAUGGGUCUUGCGAUCCCUCUUUUCAGGCUUUAUUGAGCGCGAGGUGCGAGUUCGGAAUGCCCCGUCUGCUGUCUUACCUACAGGAGUCCUGGCACUUGAAAAGUCCGAAGCUUUGACAGAGCAACCUUUCCGGCUCAAUCUUGGUGCAAAGAGGGGCAGAGCUUCGAACGAGGCGGCAUCGGCAACGGCUCAUCUCAACGAUCACGCGGAAGGUAGCUGGUCAAAUUUGUCGUCAAAUCUCCGAUCUCCUCGCACACCGGGAAACACGCUCUCCAUUGCCGUCGCUCCCAGUACCCCAGCUGUCGGACCCGCUGGAACUUCCCCGCUCACGCCGAGUCUCAGUGCCUCCUUCCCAUCGAUGGUCGGUCUUGCUGGAUCGCUUGCAGCGACGCCAGGAGGCACAGGAAGCGCCAGAUCACCUGCGAGCCCAUCAGACUACUUUUCGAUGACGGGUGAUGGCCGCCGCACCGCGACACCCUCACGGCCCGCGACUCCGCCAAACAUCGACAGCAGCAGCCUUGUGGGCGCAGGUAGUACCACUCCAGGCGGGGGCGCUUCCACUCCAGGUGGUGGUCUCAUUGGUCGGUGGGGAGCUAAGCUGCGAGUGAAAGGUUCCCAACCUCCCAACGACAAGGCAAACUCAGCUCAGACCAAGGGCGGCCUUGCAAGCGAUACCUUGAACAUGACGAGUACAUCAGGGCCCAACGGGGGACCAGAUCUGCUCGGUAAGAGCGACCCUCCCGCAGUGGCUCUGAACCGGUCCAUCUUGGCAAAGGUCCCGCUAGAGCCAAUGUCUGUGCUUGAGUCACCCCUGAUGAGGCUCGAUGACGAGACCUCUCAAUCAGGUGGUUCAAUUCCUCCAACGGACACCGCAGUCAUCAUCUCUGCCGCUUCCAGUGAUGCGGCUCAGUGGGAGACGCUGUACAGGGGUUUGCUCUCUUCGACGGCUGACGAUCUGCCCACUCUGGAAAUGGCCUCUCCGGCUUGGCUGCUGGACUUUUUGCUAGCCAACAGAGUGGAUGCCAGCAGCAGUCAGACUGUGAGUAGACCAGGCGCGCCAGGAGGCAAGAUGUCUUUCCUCCUUUGGCCUGCUGUCAAACCUGCUACUCUCGAUGGGGGCCACACUUUGCCUCGACCUGUGGGGGAGCUUCAAGAAGAUGACGACUCUUGGGAGAUACUUCCCGCUUUGCCGAGCGGCGAUGCAAAGUUGACAGCGACGAAGAUGCUGCGAGUGAGUAGAGCGGCGAUAUAUCUGUGCGAGAAGUUGGGUUACGUCGAUCAGCAAGGCAAGACCCAUUUCAGGCAGGGCAGCAUCUUUGGAGGAUCUAGGAGGCCGAGCACUGACGCUUCGGGCGCAGCCACGCCCUCAGCAGGCGCCGGAGGUGCACCCUUCAGCAGAGGGCACGGAUCGGCUUUAAGUAUGACGAAGCUAGAAUCGGCUCUCAGUCCACCCCCUGGCUCGCCUUCUACACGAGCUGAGUUCGUCGCACAGACUGAGAGCCCCUUCCGAGGACCUGAGGGGUCCCACGCAUCCACCGUUCAACCUCCAGUGCCAGAGGAGAUAGAGCUGCUCUGCAACGGUGUAGUACUACAUCCGGACACGACGUUGGCUCAGGUAGCGAGGUUUUACUGGAAGGGCCCAGGAAGCGAGCCCAAAGUAGAGUAUAGACUAAGAAGGUUGCGAGGUGAAGAUGCCUAGAGAAGCGGCAGGUGACACAGUAGAUGCGGCGGGAAUGGAGGGGUUUUCCUGUUUGAUGGGAAGGUGUUCAAAUACUUCUGGGUAUCAUCUUGUAGAUUUCUUGAUUUCGUCGGUGACACGACCCAUGUAAGGUGCAAUGAAGUUGGCGAAGCAGUAAUGACAGCGUUGUCUCAGCCUACCAUGCUCCUCUUCCGUCCCCGCAACCUGGCAUCGUCCAACUUUCUA